AUGGGACUCACUAUCAUUGCAUUUAAUGGUGGGCAUUUUGAUUCAAAGACCAUAAGAGAAGUUCUGAGUCUUGGCCCUACAUAUGUGGUGAUGAAGUUCUUUCAGAGUGUUUUGGACAUUCUCAUGAUGUAUGGUGCAUACUCUACGACAAGGCGCCUAGCUGUUUUACGAAUUUUUCUCCGUUUCGUUUGCUUUACCAUAGCAUCGAUUUUCAUAUGUUUCCUUUAUGUGAAAGCUCUUGAAGAGAAGAGUAAACCAAAUGCAGAGUCCAUUCUUUUUAAAGUUUAUGUAAUUAUCUUAGGCAUCUAUGCGGGCAUCCAGUUCUUUCUUAGUCUCCUAAUGAGAAUUCCUGCUUGCCAUCGCCUGACCAAUCAAUGCGACCAUUGGCCUUUGGUUCGUUUUGUCAAGUGGAUGCAUCAGGAACAUUACUAUGUUGGCCGCGGCAUGUAUGAGCGGACGACUGAUUAUAUCAAGGGCAGUGGGUAUUCUUUUGGUUGGAUAGAAAUUUGUGCAGCGACAACAGAUCUUCUGGUUUCUUUCUCCACUCUUAUGGGCGACAAAAUCAACGAGACGCCGAAGGGACUUUCUAGCAAACUGGUCAGACAGUGGUACACAAGGGACAACGAGUAUAUGCUUCUCUGGAUUCUUAUCUUGGGAGCCAAGUUUUCAUUUGCCUACUUUCUCCAGAUUAAGCCUUUGGUGAAACCGACAAAGGUUAUUGUGGGCUUGGAUACUAUACAAUAUUCUUGGCAUGAUUUCGUUUCUAAACAAAAUCAUAAUGCUUUUACUGUUGCUAGCUUAUGGGCACCAGUAUUUGCUAUCUAUCUCUUAGAUAUCCACGUUUUUUACACUGUUAUAUCUGCUGUCUGGGGUUUCUUGUUGGGGGCAAGAGAUCGGCUUGGGGAGAUUCGAUCAUUGGAUGCUGUCCACAAACUUUUUGAGAGAUAUCCUACAGCGUUUAUGGAUACUCUUCAUAUUCCUCUUUCUAAUAGGACUUCACUCCAGUCAUCUGGUCAGGUUUUGGAGAAGAACAAGGUUGAUGCUGCUCGAUUUGCUCCCUUUUGGAAUGAAAUUGUGAAGAAUCUGCGUGAAGAAGAUUAUAUUACUAAUUUGGAAAUGGAGUUGCUUCUUAUGCCUAGAAAUUCUGGGAACCUUCCCUUGGUUCAGUGGCCCCUUUUCCUUCUGGCUAGCAAGAUAUUUCUUGCAAAAGAUAUUGCACUAGAGAGUAGAGAUUCUCAGGAAGAGCUAUGGGAUAGGAUCUCAAGGGAUGACUACAUGAAAUAUGCAGUUGAAGAGUGUUAUUAUACUAUCAAGCUUAUCCUGACAGCCAUAUUGGAUGAUGAAGGAAAGAUGUGGGUUGAACGAAUUUACGACGACAUUCGAGGAAGUAUAGUGAAGAGGAGUAUGCAUGUUGACUUUCAACUGAAUAAGCUGUCACUUGUAAUACAGAAAGUUACUGCACUGAUGGGUGUACUGGUUUGUAUUAAUAGCUUCCAAUUUUGAUAUGCAUUGUGUACUCAAAAGUCAUGUUCUCCCUUUAGUAGAAAAUUUAUGGUUUUGAUGGCGUGAGAUCGCUUUAAUCAUCUUACUUAAAAAUGAU